AAGGAGCGCGCCCCGGCGGCUGCUGCAGUUGCGCGCUGGGAUUGCUGCCGAGCGGCGGAGCGAAUUCAGCAUACAAUUGAAAUAAAAUGACCACCUCCUGGAGUGAUCGGUUACAGAAUGCAGCGGAUAUGCCUGCUAACAUGGAUAAGCAUGCCCUGAAAAAGUACCGGCGAGAAGCCUAUCAUCGGGUGUUUGUGAACCGAAGUUUAGCGAUGGAAAAAAUAAAGUGUUUUGGUUUUGAUAUGGAUUAUACCCUUGCUGUGUACAAGUCCCCGGAGUAUGAGUCCCUUGGCUUUGAGCUUACUGUGGAGAGAUUAGUUUCUAUUGGCUACCCUCAGGAACUGCUCAGCUUUGCUUAUGAUUCUACAUUCCCUACCAGGGGACUUGUUUUUGACACACUAUAUGGAAAUCUUUUGAAAGUUGAUGCCUAUGGAAACCUUUUGGUCUGUGCACAUGGAUUUAACUUCAUAAGAGGACCAGAAACUAGAGAGCAGUAUCCAAACAAAUUUAUCCAACGAGAUGACACUGAAAGAUUUUACAUUCUGAACACACUUUUCAAUCUACCAGAGACCUACCUGUUGGCCUGCCUUGUAGAUUUUUUUACUAAUUGUCCUAGAUAUACCAGUUGUGAAACAGGAUUUAAAGAUGGGGACCUCUUCAUGUCUUACCGAAGUAUGUUCCAGGAUGUAAGAGAUGCUGUCGACUGGGUUCAUUACAAGGGCUCCCUUAAGGAAAAGACAGUUGAAAAUCUUGAGAAGUAUGUAGUGAAAGAUGGAAAACUGCCUUUGCUUCUGAGCCGAAUGAAGGAAGUAGGGAAAGUGUUUCUUGCCACCAACAGUGACUAUAAGUAUACAGAUAAAAUUAUGACUUACCUGUUUGAUUUCCCACAUGGCCCCAAGCCUGGGAGUUCCCAUCGACCAUGGCAGUCCUACUUUGACCUGAUCUUGGUAGAUGCACGGAAGCCACUCUUUUUUGGAGAAGGCACAGUACUACGCCAGGUGGAUACUAAGACUGGCAAGCUGAAAAUUGGUACCUACACAGGCCCGUUACAGCAUGGCAUCGUCUACUCAGGAGGUUCAUCAGAUACAGUCUGCGAUCUGUUGGGAGCCAAGGGCAAAGACAUUUUAUAUAUUGGAGAUCACAUUUUUGGAGACAUUUUAAAAUCAAAGAAACGGCAAGGGUGGCGAACUUUCUUGGUGAUUCCUGAACUUGCACAGGAGCUCCAUGUCUGGACUGAUAAGAGUGCACUUUUUGAAGAGCUUCAGAGCUUGGAUAUUUUCUUGGCUGAACUCUACAAGCAUCUUGACAGCAGCAGCAACGAGCGCCCAGACAUUAGUUCCAUCCAGAGACGUAUUAAGAAAGUAACUCAUGACAUGGACAUGUGCUAUGGGAUGAUGGGAAGCCUGUUUCGCAGUGGCUCCCGACAGACCCUCUUUGCCAGUCAGGUGAUGCGAUAUGCUGAUCUCUAUGCAGCGUCUUUCAUCAACCUGCUGUAUUAUCCAUUCAGCUACCUCUUCAGAGCUGCCCACGUCUUGAUGCCUCAUGAGUCAACGGUGGAACACACACAUGUAGACAUCAAUGAAAUGGAGUCCCCUCUUGCCACUCGGAACCGCACAUCGGUUGAUUUCAAAGAUACUGACUACAAGCGGCACCAGUUGACACGGUCGAUUAGUGAGAUUAAGCCCCCCAACCUCUUCCCACUGGCCCCCCAGGAAAUUACACACUGCCAUGAUGAAGAUGAUGAUGAGGAGGAGGAAGAGGAAGAAGAAUAAGGAGGAAUAAGAACCAAAACUGAGCACCCAUUAAACAAGCCUGGCAGGACUCACAGGAACAAAGGAUGGGUUCUAGCGGUGGGUGGGGGAGCUCUGUCAAAGGUACAUCUGGAAAGUUUCUGAAGACUUUAAAAUAUUCUAAUCAUAGAGAGAUACUUUUUAGUUUUGUUUGCACUCUUUGCAGAUGGUUCAAAUUGUAAUGGAGUCUGUAUUGAAAGAAAGCGAGGGUAAAGCCGGGCAGAACUGCAUGCAGAUGGCUCCAUUGUGGCUUGUGACACCAUUUCCUUGUCUUGUUUCCUCAGUGUGCAUUGGAUACACCUGGGGUGGUGGAGAGUCUCAGAGUGGAGCAAGGGUGAUGGGAAGAGGUGAUCCAAAAUGAUGUUGUGUUACAAAUUGUCUUACUCCAACAUCCAUCCUGAAAUUUUCAGUGCAUCAUAUAGUAUUGUAUAUCAGUGGAGAAAUAUAUUGUUUCCAUUAUCAAAUGUAGUCUUCUGUUAAGGCCAAGGUUCCUUUUAUAAGCUUUGAAGAGUCCUCUCUGCCUCUGGGCAGACUGGGGGCUUUAGCAGCCUUGUGUAAGUAUUUGGUUUGCUGUAGGGCUGGUCUGGAAGGCACUGCAGCGAGUGAUUCUGUUUUGAGGUACAAGUCUUCAUCUCUUAGAUUUUUUUUUUGAUAGCAGAAAUGCUUAUUAUCAGAAACUGUCUUUUUCUCAUCUGGGAUCAAUCUAUAGAAAGAAUUUAGCUGCAAGAGGGCAAAGGAGCAAGCCCUGUGAAAAGAAAAGGAGGAACCUCCUUCCAUUAUGAGUGAAUUCCUUAGUUUGGGCCAGGGUGGCUCCUGCUACCCAGAGCUCCAGCCUUCUCUAUCCUCAAGGGUGGACUGCUGAGCUCAAAGUCUAGCUUGAGAGGAUGGGAAGAGGGCUCUGUAAGGUCAGAACCUUACUAGAGCACAGGGCACAAUCGGUGUGAGUAAAUUCCGAAUCCCAGGAGAAAUCACUUCUUGUUUUGAACCAGAAUGGAUCAUUACUGUGCACAUUAGGGUAUUAGCCCCACAGGUGCAGAGUGGCCUACAGCCGUUCCAGCAGUAGUGUAGACUUGUCCGUGACCCUUCAGAUCUUCCUUCCGUUCUUACUGGUGAACACAGAGGGUAGAUUAGCUGCUCUAGAAUUCAAUAAAGUAUAAUAUUUCUAA